UCUCCACAAGUUGAGCUUGGUUGAUAUUGUGUGGCCAGCUAACAACAUUGGAACUUGAUUGAUAGCUACUCAAUAAUAGUGUUUUGAGUAAGCUUUGCUCUGGCAGAGGAUUUUAAUUUUUCCCGACAUUUGUGAGGUAUUAACUGUAUCUUCCUCCACAUUUCAUGCAUAUAUAAUUUGCACAGAAGACUUUCUUUGUUUUUUUGUUCAUUUGGCUCUACCAUUUGAGUGGCAAACAGAGGUUGUGAUUGAACUCCCUACCCAACUUUCUUUCUUGUCACUGACCUGUGAAGAUGGCCCCAUGUUGAUAAGGAUCUCAUGAUCUCAGUCGGGCCUCUCAUGCCAACUAAGACCAUAUUGCCUUGAUGCGUGAUUGAUUUCCAACCAAUCAAGCUACUUUUGUAAAGGAGAUUCUCCAAAAUCGAAAUAGCUCAGGUGGAAUCAAAGGAAGACUGAUAUGUUGAGAUGGAGUAGCAGGAUAAGGCACAAUGACGCUUGAUAGAUAGAGAUCACCAACAUACGGGUCAUCAGUGAUUAUAAAGAACUGAGGAAGAGAGUAAACAGUUGGGGAUGAGAAGGCAGGAUGUGGAUUGACUGAUCUGCAUGAGACUACCAUUGAAGAAUCAGAAGACAAGAGAAGAUGAAGACGAUAAGACGGAUGUGUGUGGAAGUGUUGGUUGAUAGGCUUUGGGUGGAGCCAAAGAAAUCCCACAUGGCUUGAUUGGUUCAUUUUGUUGCAUAUGAAUUGCAGACAACAAAGUCGAGGAUCAAAACAUCGAACUGAACUGUAUCUCUUUGCUACCAAUCUCUUUCUAUCUCUCUCUCUGAAGAUUGAAGAUAUUUGUUAUGCAUGUGAGUGCAAGAGCUUUUCUUUUUCGCGAGGACGACUGGAGGCUUGUGAGCUUUCGUAGCACAAGCAGAGGAGGGUUUGCGCCCACAAUUUGUUUGCAGAGAGGUACCAAUCUGCGAGCUCGGGACCCCAAGAAAGAAGGUGAGAGACGACAAAGCGACAUGGAGGAAGGUAGGUCCAACAGCGUUACCAUCUCUUCACCAUGUGCACGUUGACUGUGUAAACCAUGGGCCACAUCUUGUCUUCACAUACCAACACCAUCUCAUCCCUCUCCCUCUCCCUCACCCACCUUUGCUCUCUUGUCUUCUUCUACAAGGUUAUGUUUAAGGCAAGGAAGGAUUCCAACAUGGGAGCUAAAGGUAACUUGAGGUUGGAAUCUGCGGAAGGAUGAAAGAGGCAGGGAGACAGCACGGCACAGCUUCGCCCUGCGCGGCGUGCAAGCUCUUGAGGCGGCGCUGCGCAUGGGAUUGCGUCUUUGCCCCGCACUUCCCGGCCGACGAGCCGCAGAAGUUCGCCAAUGUGCACAGGGUGUUCGGAGCUAGCAAUGUCAGCAAGCUCUUGCAGGAGAUUGCAGUGCAGCACCGAGGAGAUGCCGUGAGCAGCCUGGUGUACGAGGCCAACGCCCGGGUUCGAGAUCCAGUAUACGGGUGCGUGGGCGUCAUCUCCUCCCUCCAUUGCCAAGUCCAGGCUCUCGAGGCGCAACUCGCCAUGGCUCGAGCCCAGAUGGUCCGCUUGCGCAUGCUCGCCCACCUCGAUCUCGGCCGGAGCCCCACGGGCACAGGGAGCACCACCACAGGCUCCUCAUCCAUGUGCCCCUCGCCCAUCUAUACCCCCGGACAUGGUGAUGCAGGACAAACACCGAUGCUUUCCUUCUCAUACGAAAGGUAGCAGAGCAAGAGAUGGAGAAGCGAUGCUUAAAGGCGGACACGGCUUUCGGUGGGCGUAGUAGUAGACGGCGACUGAGAUAAUUCGACCGUUGGAGCGUGUGCCGUGUCGUGCGCUAUUUCGUGUAGCCCGAGACCAGAUUUCCCCCAAUUCGACCGUUGCAAUCAGUUCAAAUAGUACCGUUAUAAGU